AUGGCCGCCACCGUCAUCCCGCCUCAAUCCUCUGCCUCAAGAAACAUGCCUCCAGGGAUACGCAGAGUGCCCCCGACCACCACGUUUCCUCCUCCUCCGAUCCCCGAGCAAUUCAGCAUGUCGGCUAGCAACAGUUCGGGUUCGAUGCUGUCCGCCACCACGCCCUUGUCGGCAGCCCAGGUCAUCGCCCUAGCCACGGAGGCGAUGAGUAGCGCUCUGCAAGAAAACGAGAACCAGGCUGCCGAAGCCAGCGGCGUCAGCACCGAGCUCAAGCCCGGUGUGACAAUCGAUCUCAGCCGGAAGAAUAUACAGGCACUGCCGGAUGAGGUAGUAGACAUAAUCAAGAACGAGUUGGAACGGCUCGCGCUCUCGCAUAACAAAUUAAGCUCUCUACCAUCUAGGUUUUCGGAGUGUACGCAUUUGCGUUAUCUGAACGUUCGGAACAAUCAGAUCAGGGAGUUCCCUUUAUCGCUGUGCGACCUCAAGUCACUUGAAAUAUUGGAUAUGGGACGGAACAAGAUCCGAGUCCUUCCCCCGGAGAUCGCCAAAUUAACUUCGCUCAAGGUACUAGCCGUGCAGAAGAAUCGAAUAGAGGAACUUCCGCUUUGCCUAGCCGACAUGGUCUCGUUGCAGAUGUUAAGGCUAGACGGAAAUAAUAUCCUCUUCCCCCCGAAGGAGAUACUCCAGGUUCAAGGCGGCAGCCCCCCCAACGAAGGCUUCUUGAAGGAGAGCGAGAUGACGGAGGUCACUGUCACUGCGCAUAUAAAGAGAUAUCUGAGGCAGAAGUCCCAGAGUAUGCUUGGAAGAGAGAAGGAGGGCGAGAAUGGCGGAGAUGAGCUUAGCGAAGGCACAGAGACCCCACGAGUACCUAUCCGAAGGGUGGUCAGCGGCCGGUUCCCCAUCCGAGUGAAUGGGAGUGACGUGUCGGACCCGAGAUCCCCGGCAAUACUUCGAGCACCCCCGAUACCAUCUCGGUCGCACGCCCGGGGUCUCUCGCAGCAGAAUGGGGUCAUUCGCCGACCUGGCGUAAUGCCUUUAACUAUCGGGACUCCGAAUGAGAGGGUACGGUCGAACAGCGAGACCCUAUCGCAGACAACGAGUACGGUGCGGCCGUCCGAACGACACCGACGCAUGGGUAUCGUCCCCAGGAAAGGGACCGAGCUCGGUACCUUAGAUGAGGGCCAAGCGAACAACCGCUUUAGUCAUUACCGUGGGCUGAGCCACGGCUCGUCCAUGACGGGCAGCAUAGACCCGAAUGCCAGCUCCGCAGUCAGUCCCAACAGCCCAGCGGAACCAUUACUCCAUCGACCGAAUUACGUACGACGUCUAUCUAUUCUACCGGAACAGCGACGAGAAUCCAGGAUAUUUGACCCCGUUAUCGAGUCCGCCAAAGGCAUUCUCUACGCAAUCUUCCAGAUCCACCCAAUGAUACAACUGUUUACGAGGCUGACGAACGACGGUACCUCCAAGCGGUCGAGUCUCGAAAUUGUGUUCUACAACACCAACGAUCACGUGGAGCAAUUGGAGCAGGAGAUACAAAAGCAUGAAUUCGUUGCUGACAAUGGGCCCUACACCCCUCGCGAAAACGAGAAUGUCCAAAGGGCCGUCCUGACUUUGAUUAACGCCUACAGCCAUAUUUGUUCGCUCCUCAUGGACAAUAUGGAUACCAUUGUGGACAACGGCGAUCCCCGUUACAUUCGGACGAUGGUAAUGUUGCUCUACCAUAGUAUUAUGGAACUUCGUGUUACAGCCAACGAAAUCUCUGGGGAUGGUGUUGGACACGCGCCCAGUCAGAGAUACCACCGACCAGCCCUCGACGAUACUAUCAAGCCUCACUCGCGCGAAAGUUCCAUGACGCCCACAAUAGAGCGACCUGGAUUGGCUGGUCGGCCACGGCCUGGGGCCUUUGUCCAUAACCCCAGCAGCCUCCGCGUCUCAACGGAUGUGUCGGUCCCCUAUAUCAACGGCACGGGACGAACCGCUCAGGUUACGUCUGCGACCCCCCGAUCCGGAGAAUCGUUUACGUCCUCAACCGCAGACAUUCGAUACGCCGCCGACUUCACCGCAGACGAGCGCGCGUUCGAGAGGAUAUUCCUGUCUUUGCAAAAAUCCUCAGAUCUGGUCAUGCGUAUUCUCCCCAAUAUCAACCAGCAGUUCAUGUUGGGUAAGCGUAACGCCGAACAUCAACGAUCUCCGGAUCAGACGAUCCGUUGCUGGAAGAGCCUCAUCGCCAAGUGCUCUAUCGCGAUCAACGAUACAGAGCGCCUUAAGGAUCGGCUAUCACUUAUCAAAUUAAAGGAACCCGGUGUUAGGACAGACCCCCUCUUCUGGAUCCUGUGCAAGAGUUUUAUCGAUUCUUGGGCCGAGUUCGGGAGCCGAUUGAAGGCCUCGAUGGAUCAAAUACCGUUCCCUCUGGACACGCGCACGAAAUUGCGCCCCAUUCAAAUCAGCAUCAAAGAGACUAACCAGCUGAUCAUGACCUCUCCAUGGCAAUAUCUUCUCCGACACGCCGGCAACCAUAUCAAUGAUGUAUCCGGCCACUACCCAUCCGGCCAUUACUCAUCCAACCACUACCAAUCUAAUUCCUCCGUCAGCCAAAUGCAAUUGCCCAUGACACCUCAAAGCGCUGCUCUCGGACCGGCCGUGCAGGCGACCGUGCCAUCCACGCCACAGAGCGCAUCGUUUGCCAACGCCUUCAACGGGAACGUCUUUGAACGAGCUGACGCACUGAUAUCUAUGGGAGGGCUAUCGAUGUCUCGGCACGGGACAAUGAACAGCACCUCUACAUCCUUAAGCUCUUCGUUCUCUUCCUUGACGUCGGUGCAGGACGACCGCCAGGCCAUGUUGAGCCCGAACGGGAACGCGGGGUCGACAUCUUUCCGACAUAACAAGCCCUCAUUCUAG